CUCGCGCUCGCCGUCUGGCACUGCACCGACGCCUUCCACCGUGCCGCCUUCGCGUUCCGCCGCCGCGGGACACGACGCGCGAGACGGCUCCCGCCGGGCCACAUGGGCCUGCCGUUCGUCGGCGAGACCCUCGCCCUGCUCUGGUACUUCAACCUCGCCCGCCGCCCCGACGCCUUCAUCCAGGCCAAGAGGCGGCGCUACUGCUACGGCGACGGCGACGACGACGCCGGCAUCUACCGGACGCACCUGUUCGGCUCGCCCGCGGUGCUCGUCUGCUCGCCGGCGUCCAACGGGUUCGUGUUCCGGUCGGCGCCGCCCGGCAGCUUCGGCGUCGGUUGGCCGGACCCGGAGCUCGUCGGCGUCUCGUCGAUCGUGAACGUGCACGGCGGCCGGCACGCCAGGCUGCGCAGGUUCGUCCUCGGCGCCAUCAACAGCCCAAACUCCCUCCGGUCCUUCGCGGAGGUCGUCCAGCCGCGCGUGGCGGCGGCGCUGCGGUCGUGGGCGGCCAAGGGCACCAUCACCGCCGCCACCGAGAUCAAGAAAGUGACGUUCGAGAACAUAUGCAGGAUGUUCGUGAGCAUGGAGCCGUCGCCGGCGACUGCCAAGAUCGACGAGUGGUUCGCCGGAUUGGUUGCCGGGUUCAGGGCGCUACAGUUGGACAUCCCAGGAACCGCGUUCCACCACGCUCGAAAGUGCCGUAGGAAGCUGAACUCGGUGUUCAGGGAGGAGGUCAAGAGGAGGAAGUUGAAGGCGAAGUUAGAGGAGCACGAUGAUGUUAUGAGCGGGCUGAUGCGGAUGGAGGAUGAGCAGGGUCGGCGGCUGGGCGACGACGAGGUGGUGGAUAACAUAGUCUCCCUUGUCUUGGGAGGCUACAAGUCCACCUCCAGCGCCAUCAUGUGGGCAACCUACUACCUCGCAAAAUUGUCCGCUGUCCUUGCCAAGUUAAGAGAAGAGAAUUUGGCCAUAGCAAAAGAAAAGAAUGGAGCCAGCUUCAUUACUCUAGAUGACAUCUCCAAGAUGAAGUACACAGCCAAGGUAGUGGAAGAAACAAUUCGGUUGGCCAACAUAUCUCCGAUGCUUUACCGGGUGGCACUCAGAGAUGUCGAGUACCGAGGUUAUACAAUACCAGAGGGGUGGAAAGUAAUUGUGUGGAUCCGAUCACUACAUGUUGACCCUAAAUAUUACGAUGAUCCGUUGAGCUUCAACCCCGACAGAUGGGAUAAAGCAGCGAAGCCAGGCACGUACCAGGUGUUCGGUGGCGGCGAGAGGAUCUGCGCCGGCAACAUGCUGGCAAGGCUGCAGCUCACCAUCAUGCUCCAUCAUCUCUCUUGUGGUUACAAAUGGGAGUUGUUGAAUCCUGAUGCAGGGGUUGUUUACCUUCCACACCCAAGGCCAACAGAUGGGGCUGCCAUGUCCUUUAGUAAACUCUGAUGGCAGCUUAUAUCAUUCAGAUAAAAUAAAGUCACCGUUCACCAAUGAAUGACAUGGCAGAUUGGCAGGCUAAGUUUCUUUAAAUGCAUUGUUCAAUUCUUCCUGCUCCACAUUACCACAUAUUCUGUAUGUAAAUAAACUCUGCCAUGAAUUUUUCUCUAAUAAAAUAUUGAGGCAAAUCCUACAUGAGCAGCAAUCUUCUCACCUGUAGUGCUCCCAGCUAGAU